AUGAGCACUUCUGCUUCAUAUCAGGAGAAUGAACUAUCGAAACAAAUGGAACUUUUAAGUGAAAAUGAUAAAAAUCGGGUAAUUAACAAUGUGUGUCUUCCACUUAUAGAACAUCCAAAUGAUCAUUGUAUUGAGCAAGAAAAACCAAAAUUUUAUAAAAUUGAUGAAACAGGUGAUGAAGGAAAGAUGAAUGAUUCGUGGAUUUUUUUCAAAAAUAUUGCAACGAAUCCCAGAAAUGAAUUCAAACGAAAUGAAAAUAUGGAACUUACUCCAUCUUCAGAGUUUGUUCUAAAAUAUACAGACGAGGAUGAUUACAUGCAAGUUCUAAAAGAGAUCUUUAAGCCUGUCGAUAAAUUGUUUCCGGAAAGUGUGAUUGAAUUUCUUAAUGAGUUUUUUUCAGAGGGCAUGCAAAACUCUUUACCCUUAGAACAACAAUCUGUACUUGAGGCUACUUCGAAUAUGGAUAGACUUACACAAUUACAAGAUGCAAUAGAUCAAUUGGCUCAAUUAUUUCAUACCAGUAUUGUUCAUUUAAAUCAACCACAAAACCAUGACGCACCAAAGCUUAAAGAGGAUAGAGAAUUAAUUGUUCAAGAUCUUUGUAAAAAAGCAAAAGAAAUUGAUACAUUAAUAGAAAAUUUACCUGGUAUAAAAUAUAGUGAAAAAGAACAGACUGAUAUUAUUAAAUCAUUAGAAGAAGAGUUACAAGAAGCAAAUAGGGAAUAUUUAAAAAUGGUUCAAAAUGCUGGAUCAUUAUUAAAAAAAAUUAAUGAUACAAUAAACAUAAUUGCUAAAGAUCAAAGUUUAGCAAAAGAUUUGGAAUAA